AUGUGGAAACUCACGAUCGUCCAGCUCUUCACGAUUCUCUGCGUUUAAAACAUACAUACUGUACAUUUCAUUUUUAAUAUGCUCAAAAGGAUCGCGCAGUCUCGCUCUCGCCACUUCAAUACGUGCAUGCUUCUUUCUCUCGUAUUGAGUGUUACUAUAAGAGAGAUCUUCAACGAAUGCCCUUUUGCCCUUUUGAGGAUUCGUUUCAAAAUACGGGCCGUCCAGAGGAUGAAUUUGUUCAUAACUCUCAGAACUAUCCUGCGUUGAGUUGAGUGAAGACUCGUUGACUAUAUUGCAAGGGCUUGACGAGCUGUCGCAACUUGAAUAGCCACUUGAGUAGCUUGUGGAAUUAGGUUCAGACUGGCUCACAUCAACGUCAGACUGUCUGCGGGAAACUUGAGAGAUAUCGCUGAAGUCUUGGCGAUGAUAGCUAAGUGGUUCAACCUUAUUCAUUGUUACACGCUGUCCAUUGUAUAACGCAUCAUUCAUCGAGUACAGUUCCAUGUUCCCCAUAUAGCCGUUCUCAGAGUAAAGAGAGUCGCAAUCAGCAGCCGCUCGACCUUCACAGUGGAGGACCGAUGGUGCGGGAUAAACGAUGCUUAUAGAAGGAAUUCGAGAACGAUGUAGGGUCAUAUCAGCUUGUGUGGUACCUGUACGAUCAUUUGUAGGAGGAAAGUGCGUAUUGAUGCCACCUUCUGACCAUAUGAACUGCUCGAUGAUCACUUUUUGAGUCCGUAAGUUGAAUAGGUGACGACGUGCGGCGACUUCGCCUUUUCCGCAUUUCAAACCUUGCGGGCGCAAGUGGCUGAGUCUCCACAGUUGUGUUACCCUUGUCUUGUUUAUUGUCCAGAGUAGCAACGAUCUUAGACUGCGUCUUCGAUGUUUUACCACUAUCACUGCUUUCUUUCUCUUUAUUUCGAUCUUUCACACUGCUAUUGGUCGGAGUCUUUCCCUCAUGCUUCUUUGCUCGUAGUCGCAUCAUCAAUUUGGCCCUGCGCUGAUUCUGAAUCCUUUGAGAUCUGCGCAGUUUAGGGACCCCAUCAUCAUUUUCUUCCGGUUCGUAAGGCUCUUUUUCAACUUCAGAUAAUGGUUCUUCACCAGAUUCCUCAGGCUCUUUCUCUACUUCGGACAAGCUGACUGGAGAAGGCGGUGAAGGUUUUUUCGUUCUCUUUCGGGACGCAGAGUAAUGACAUCGAUUUUUCAAAGGAGCAAGCCACGGCUCAUCGGCGAAUGUCAACGACAACUUGGAAAGUUCAUCAUCCGUGGGCAGUGAUCCUGGACGAUAUGUACAGUGUGGGACCGAUUCCAUCCGAUCAGAACAUCUUCGUAUGGUUGGUAAAGUAAAUCCAGUGGCAUGUGCAGCCAUUCGAUCGGGGUUUUCGAAUGGAGUUCCAGCAAUGUUAUUACCAAGAGAUGCAAAUCUUUUGGAAAACUCUCGAAAGUAUGCACACACUCUCCCAAUAACUUCUCUCGUUUGAUCGCAGAGAUGACGAGGGCGUGCAGGCGUUUUUACUCCAGGUCGUCUUCGAAAAUUCACAUCAAUCAUAUUGGGAUAUCUGACAGCAGGGAGGUACGGACGCGGUCGAAAUCUUUCUUCUCUUGGCGCACUGUCGCUAGCAUUGUUCGUUGGAGAAGUGGGAGGAAAUAAUGGUGCUUUAGACGAAACAGCUGUCGAUAAUUCAAAGUUCUUCAGGCUAUUCCUCACGAGUACAUCAAUGGUCUGGGAACGCCUCUUUGGACACCGUGCACUCCUCAUCAAGCUCAUCCCAAACCGACGGGGAGCUCUGAAGACUACAACGUCUUCUACUUUUGUGACGUUCGGUGACGUCAUAGAAGAUGCUAAGAGAACGUAGGACCGCUCCUGAGGAGGAGCCGGCGGUGGGCACGACGAAGACACCUGGAUAGGUCCUGUAGUUGGACUCAGUGCAGGUGGACAGCAAUCUCUUCGCUCGGUUCCGUCGACACAAGCAUUUCGAGGUUUGAGUGAAUUGUUACUGGUAACAGCUUGAGAUGGCGUUGGAGUGAAAUAUGGUUGGAAACCUAAAGGGUUCAGAGCUCGACCUCCGUCAUUCGCGUAAGUGACAUCCUGUGGACGUGGUGCCGUAUCAGCUAUGGAGGUCUUGUUCGAUGUGACUGGAACGUGAUAUUGAGGGGCUGGUGGUGGUACGCCAUUGGAUCGUUGGUUAACAUAGGAAAACGCUGACGGCUGUUCAGUUGGAAACGAGGCACGUAAUUGCUGUUGCAAUGGGAAAACGUCUUGCCGUAAAGAUAAUUGCGUGAAAUCACGCACAGGAUCAAAGGCACUAUUUGAUAAGGAAGAACAUUCGAAUUCAAGUCGGAGAUUUGGUGAUUAGCGCCAAUUUGCUGAUUGAACGGAAAUCCAUCGCCAAGAUAGGGUGGAGGCAUGCUUCUAGUAGUUGGCACCGGUGGAUAUGUGAGAUAAGGCAUUGUUGCGUCUGGGCGUCCGUAUUCAUGAUGUUGCUGGUGGGGUAUGUGAUUUGGAUUCAUUGAGAUGAUUCCUUUUCGAUGAUUCGCUUGAAUAGGUAACUGGAUGCCAUUUGGGUGCAAGGCAUAACCAGACAUGUUUGAGGGGUGCAGAUCACAUCUUGCUUCUCCAAACAUCGAUGUGCGACCACUAUUGAAGAACGUGUUUGCCGGAAGAUGGUUCACUGUAUAACAAGGCUUCCCCUGAAUCAAGGGGUUGAAUGUAGAAGAACCGGCACCGGGAACCGAGACCAUUUCUUCCUCUUGCUGAGUCCAUGAUGGUUUCUUGAAUCUAGGACAGUUGCAGUUUCGUUCGCUCCCACCUCGACAGAUGGAUAAAAGUUACCACUUCCCCUUCGUAUUGCUACGCCAUCUAGUUCAUUAUUGGCCAACCAUAUUACAUCGACUGUCCCACAAUCAAAAUCACAUCCAACAACGUGGUCUCCUCGUUCCUCGGGUUCGUCACCUUCAAAAAUCAUAUCUCCACAGUUUUGGUUUUCGCGCUGCUCGGAUAGUUCAUCAUGGAAGGUUUCUGCCUCUUCUGGAUCACUGACCACAGGUGAGUGCGAUUCUGAAAAUCACACUUUCAUUUUUAGAUGGUUGCGUAUAAUGAACUUAGAUAAGACUAAAAUUGAACAGAGCAGUGAAUGGAACAGGUAA